UUUCUUCUGAGCCAUUUUUCUUCCUUGUGUUUGUGUAGCUAACCGUUUGUCAUGAAAGACCACAAACAGUAUUUUGAUUACUCUUCGUUACUUUCAUGGGUCAAGUAUAACGCUAGUUUUCUUUUGCCUGACAACAUGAGCAUUGAUAGCUUGACCGAGAAGGCCACUAUUACAAAGUUUUCUCACGGACAGAGUAACCCUACCUUCUUGGUCCAAGUACCCGCUGGCACCCCUUUUGUUAUUCGGAAGAAACCACAAGGUACCUUGUUACCUUCAGCUCACGCAGUUGAGCGAGAAUACGAGGUUGUAAGAUGUCUUGGACCAACUAAGGUACCAGUUCCGAAGGUCUACGGUUUUUGCAGUGAUUCUUCAGUUAUAGGGACACCCUUUUAUCUAAUGGAAUAUGUGAAAGGAAGAAUUUUCACUGAUCUUUCACUGCCAACUGUUGCACCAGAGGAAAGAAAGCAGAUUUAUCAGGAAAUGGCGAAAGUUUUAGCCGAAAUUCACAAUAUAGAUUACAAGAAAAUUGGACUUGAAAGUUUUGGAAUUCCUGGAAAUUACGUCAUGAGGCAGAUCCGUCGUUGGACGAAACAGUAUGAGGCAUCUUGUGAAGGCGUUGGAAGAGAUCCUUGUAUGGAUAAUCUAGUCAAAUGGCUUCCAGCAAAUAUCCCAUAUUCAGCUGUCGCACCAAGGGAAGAAAGUACAAUUGUUCAUGGUGACUAUAGAUUGGACAAUUUAGUUUUCGCCGAAGGAAGCCCAAAGAUAUUAGCUGUAUUGGAUUGGGAACUGAGUACCAUUGGAAAUCCUUUGGCAGAUGUUGCUUACAAUUGCAUGAUGUAUCGACUGUCUCCAACGAGAAGCUCGUUUGCACUUCCUCUUGAGGCGUUGGCAUCGAACCGAGAUUUAGGAAUUCCAAACGAGAUGGAAUAUCUUUCAAUGUACCAAUCAUAUCGUGGCAAAGGAAUUAUUGAUGACUGGAAUUACUACCUAGUUUUUUCCUUGUUUCGAAUAGCAGCUAUUUUGCAUGGUGUUUAUAAGAGAGCACUAAUUGGCAAUGCCAGCUCUGAUCGAGCAAGAGAGUCUGGUGAUGUUGCAAAAAGUAUAUCUCGUAUUGCGUGGAAUUUGGUGCUAGAAAGAUCCAAUUGUUCCAAUGGAAGUAUAUUGUCUCAAACUUCAGUGAGAGGAAAUAUCGGAGAUUAUGAGUUAAUGGUGAGAAAGUUUAUGGAUGAUUUUGUAUAUCCUUUUGAAAGGAGUUUCUUCGAGCACGAACAGUCAGAUCACCGUUGGUCGGUAUGGCCAGAAAUGGACACUCUGAAGAAGAAAGCUAGAGAAUUGAAUCUAUGGAAUUUAUGGAUUCCAAAGGAUCUAGGCGGUGUCCUUUCUAACGAGGAAUACGCAAAACUGGCUGAAAUCAUGGGAGGCUGUGUAUUUGCUUCAGAAAUAUUCAAUUGUAGUGCACCUGAUACAGGAAAUAUGGAAUUGCUGUUACGUUUUGGUACUGAAGAGCAAAAGGCAGUUUGGUUAGAACCCUUGUUAAGGGGCGAAAUUCGUUCUUGCUUUGCCAUGACGGAGCCGCUUGUUGCUUCAAGUGAUGCAACAAAUAUAGCCUCAACCAUUCACGAGAAGGAGGACAGUUAUAUUAUAAAUGGACACAAGUGGUGGAUCUCUGGAGCCACGGAUCCACGUUGCAAACUAAUUCUGUUUUUGGGGAAGAUGGCUCAAAAGGAUGAUAAUGUGCCCCGGCAUAAGCGACAUUCUAUCGUCUUAAUUCCUAUGGAUUCAGCUGGAGUAAAAGUCAUUAGACCUAUGCAUAUAUUUGGAUUUGAUGACGCACCUCAUGGACAUGCAGAAAUGAAAUUCGAAAACGUUGUGAUUCCAAAGAAGAAUAUACUUUUAGGUGAAGGACGAGGUUUCGAAGCUGCACAAAGCAGGCUUGGAGCCGGUAGAAUUCAUCACUGUAUGAGAGCUAUUGGCAUGGCGGAAAGAGCAUUGCAACUAUUAAUAAGGAGGGCCCAGGAAAGGCAGACGUUUGGACAACCUCUCGCGAACCACGGGGUUGUUCAAGAGGUAAUUACCAAUUGCCGUGUAGAAGUUGACCAAGCACGUUUAUUGACACAAUUUACUGCACGCGUUAUUGACAGUGAAGGGGGCGCAUCCCGUCGAGCACGGAAAUAUAUAUCCAUGACCAAAUAUGUAAUACCUCAAAUGGCAUGUCGGGUAAUCGAUAGAGCUAUUCAGAUUCACGGAGCGUUGGGACUUUGUCAAGAUUCGGUAUUAUCGCACUUGUAUGCUUCAGCAAGGACGUUGAGGCUUGCUGAUGGUCCUGAUGAAGUGCACGCUGCAAAUGUAGCCAAAUUUGAAAUUCAGUCAUCAAAAAUGUAGUAAAUAAAGGAACAAGUCAUGUUGCACAAUGUUUUUGUAUUUUAUAGGUAAGGAUAGCAGAUGGAUGAUACGCUGUCUAAAUUCCAGUCCCGACCCGCGCCAAUUUUGAAUUGUAUUGCAAAUCAUUUCGCUCAAGGCAGUCUUGAACAACCGCAUAAUACCUUUUCUAGUUUCACAAAAUGUUGAAACAGUAUGAUGAACACCAACAAUAUUUUAGUGGGACACCACGAGGCUCCACAGAAUUACAAGAAGAAACUGAAGAAGAUUUCC